AUGCAUUUUCANAGGACUUGUAACUUCACGAGACAAUGGAAACUACGCAAUUCUGUUGCGAUGGACUCAAAACGAAAGAUUACAAUAGGCGUUAAACGACCUCUGUGUAAUGAUGCGAAUGAGGAGGCGCCUCCGUCAAAACUCUCGUCAAUGCUGGUCUUCAUCGAUAAUUCCGGCCAACCAACGAUCUCAACGUCGCCGUCCCCGUUGCUAGUUCCAAUUUAUUUGAAUGAGAGCGAAAGUGAAGUGGAUCGACUGAAGCGUAAACAUGCCAUGCAUACACCACCUCCUGAGUUGCUACAGCGAAUAGCCCAUUGUUUCAAGCAUGCCACAGUGGAAACAUUCCGGCUGAAAGACUUGCGAAUCACUGACGAAUUCGUCGAUCUUAUGACUGAAACGUUCAGAAAGCAACCGAUCCAGUGCAAUGCGUUGAAAAUGAAUUUCUGCAAGCUCACUUAUUGCACACCACAAAAAUUUGCUAAACUUAUCAAAAUGUUCAAAAUAAACGCCAUUUCAAUGGCAUGGAUUCGUGGUAAUGACGAGCAUAUGUCAACGCCAGAAAUCGCUGAAUCAAUAUGUAACCAUUGCAAAAUGAUCGAUAUUUGCUCGGUCACUGACGAGAUUACAACGCAUAAUACUGAAUUUUUUAAAACAUUCCUCAACAAUCCACAUUCCGAGAAAAUCAUUCGUCUGGAUAGCUGUUCUGUUUCCGAUGCGGCGAUUAUUGACGCUAUUAAGGAGUGGAGAACCUCAUCAAAAAUAUUAUUUCGGAAUAUAUCACUCUCACAUUCUACAGAAUACCCAACCUAUUUGCGAACCUAUAAUAAGGUAAAAUCGUAUCUGGCAAGGUUGCCAUAUUCAGAUGGUUCAUAUUGGGUGAAACAUCCGACUCUACCGAACACACUGAGAGUCUGGUGGGACGGAGGUAUUCAUCUAGUCAGUACGCCGAAUUAUGUUAGCUGA